AUGAAUACACCAUAUAGUCUUGAAUAUUGUCAUACAAAUUUAUUUGCCUUGCAAAGUUUAAAUGAUAUGAAAUGGAAAUGUUUUCGUCGAGCAGUAGAUAACCAAUCCGGUCGUCUAGACAAUUAUAAAGAUCCAGUUUUAAUUGAAUAUUGGAAUGCUUUACAAAAAGAUACUUUAUGUGCAUGGAGACGAGUACUGACAGAUGAUGGACAAAAAACAGAAAGAGAACUUUGGUUAUUCGGUAUUAACGAAGAUCUUCCUACGAAAUUAGAUAAUUUAAAACCGAUUACUCAUGCACAUGGAGUAUGGAACGACGAUCCAAUGUCGUAUGAUUGUAGAUCAAUGUUAUUUAAAGCAUUGCAUAAUAUGAUUGAAAAAUAUUUAUUAUCAAAAGGUUUUGCUCGAUUGAAUAAAUGGUUUGUUUUACCAGUUAAUGAUCAUUCCGAUGUGAAAGUACCAAAUUAUUCUUUUAAUUUUAAUUUUUUUCUUCAUGGUGAUAAUAAAGUAUGUGCAAGUGUUGAUGUUCAACGUCAUAAACAUAUAUUUAAUUUAACCAGUAAAGACCUUGAACGAACUUCACCAUCAAACAUUAUUUUGGCACCGUAUGGUAUCAAUGGAACGCUUAUUGGUCAUGUCAGUAGAGAAAUAGAUAUGAAUGCUUUGAGAGAAAAUUGGGAAAAAAAUUAUCCGGUUCGUCAUUUGGAUGGUCUGCCUCUUUUUGUUGAAGUUACAACAGGUAAUGCGCGAAUGUUCUAUCCAACUUGUUAUGUAUAUAAAAUUGGUGCAAGUGAUGAAUCAACUCCAACUAAUGAAAAUACUACAUCGAUAAAUAAAAAAUCGGAUGUAUCAACAAAAAAAACAAAAUCCCGAAUAAUAACAGCAGCAGCAACAACUGCUAAUACAACAACAAUAACUAAUACAUCUUUAGAUUCUAUAUCAAAUACAAAUAAAAUUGAAAGUUCGUUGUUAAAAAAAUUUGCAAAUAAUUUAUUAAUAAGUGCUCAACGAAAUAAUUCAAUUGAUCAUGAAAAAACUCAAGUUAAUAUAUGUUCAGCAAUUAAUGAUCCAACAAAUUAUCGACCAUGUCGGUGUACUCAAUGUUUACCAAUCAAUACUCGUUCAUCUCCAUUCAUUCCAUUUCAUCGCCGUCCUCGUACAAGUCCACCUAUUAGUUCUGACCUAAAUAAUCGAAAUAAAAAUGAAUCAACUAAACUUCAAAAUACUACAGAAUCUAAUGAAAAUUCUGAUAUUAUUAUUGAAUCAACAUCAUCUCCAGUAGUAACAAUCAAUACACAAUCAACAACUAAUGAGAAACCAAUUGAUUGGAUUGCAACUACACCGAAUAGUAUCGGUAUUUCAGGUCCGCCAUCUGUUCUUGCACCAAUUACAAAUCUAAGUUCAACAUCAGCAAGUUCUCCUGCACCUAAUUUAACAUCAUUACGCGGUAUUAAACGUUCAGCUACAGAAGCAUUUGAUGAUACAACUAUCGAUGAUGAUGAUCGAGAACAACAUAAACAAACAUAUGAUUUUUAUCGAACUGAUUCAUUUUUACAAUUACCAUUAAAACGUUUUCGAAAUGAUGGACAAUCAACUUUAAAUACUCUUGAAUCAGUAACAGUAAUAACAUCAACUCCUGAACAUGUUUAUCAACAUGGUCAACCUACGCCUCCUAGUCCAAAUAGCUUUAUUUUUAAGGCUACAAAUGAUUACGAUGAAAAUGAAGAAUCAACAUCACGAAUAAAUUAUUCAUCUACAACAUCGAAUAGAAUUUCUAUAAACCCAUCAUCAUUUUAUACAACAGAUGGACCAUCAAUGGCUGAUCUUGAUACUAUACUCGAUUCACAAGAUACAACAGAUAAUAAAAAUACAAAUACAAUUACUAUUUCUGAUAAUAAUAAUAAUGUUAAAUCACCUAGUCGAAAAGAAAAUAUACUUCCGCCACCAGUACCACCUGUUCCAACUAUAUUGAUAAAUAAUGGAAGUAUAUUUCCAUUUAAUAAAUCAUUUAACGGAGUUCUUCACGAAAUGGAAUUAAUCUAUAAUACACCACCAGGUUCAUCAUCAUCUGAAAAACUUCAAACAUUACAUUCACCAUAUGGAAUUAUGGCUGAUACUGCUAGUCAUGUAGCCAAUACAUUUGAUACACUUAAUCAAUUUGGUCAAGAAUCAAUACUUGUACCAUUUGAAUCAAAUACUAUUGCUGAACAAUCAGUUUACUAUCCAUUGAAUAAAGUUAGUCUAGAAAAAUCUAUAGAACGUUAUGAACCUUCAAAAUCUUUAUCGAUAAAAACAUCGAUACGUAAUAAAGAAUUUCGACAUUGGAAACAAACAAUUCUUCUUAAUGAUAUUUCUUCAAGUCCAUUUAAUAAUCAACAAAUGCAUCGACAACAAACAACACCACGUUCAAUGCCAACACCAACACAUUAUUCACCAAUGCGUUCAAAUGAUUUACAAUCAUCACCAUAUCCUCCAAAUCGUUCUAUUGGUAGUGUUCAAACAAUAAAUAGUCCAACAGGAAAUCUUUCAUUAUCAACAGCAAUACCGGAAAUUGAUUCUUUAAUAUUUAAUGUUUUACUUAAUGAUAGUAUUUUAAAUUUUUAUCGUGAUAUUAAUUUUGAUUCAUGUGUUCUAUGUGCAUGUAAAUCAAAUGAUUUAUCUAUACAUGGUAUUGAUUCAAUGAUAUAUUUAGAAAAAUCUCGUGAACAAAAUAAAGCAAUACAUUCACAAAGUUAUUCUCAUCAACCAUCACCAUAUCAACCUCAUUCAACAUUAUAUCCUCAACAACAACAACAAACAAAUUCAUCUAUGAAUAAUUCAUGUUCAUGUGGUUUUUCUGCUGUUAUUAAUUUACGUUUAAGUUAUUUAUCGGGUUUAUUCUAUGAAGAUGAAAGUGAAAUAACAGGAAUUAAAGCUGAUGUUAAAUAUCGUUUAACAAAUGAUCAUUUAUCAGUUAAUUUACUAGAAUUAAUUGAACGAAAAGAAUGUUUAUCAUCUCCAUUUGAUUGUUUUAAUAAUCAAAAUAUUAUACAAAAAACUAAUACUCAAGAUAUUCUACAAUUAUUAAAACAACCAUUUUAUCAACAUGAAAAUUGGGCGUGUGGUUCAGCUAUUGAUCAAGCACGAAAUAAUAGUAAUGGUGUUAUAGCUGACGAUAUUGAUAAACAUCAUUGGUUACAUCAGUGGUCAUAUUCAACAAUACCACUUGAUUCUGAUCAACAAUUAAUUACAAUGUUACGUUCAUUACAACCAUUACUUGUUGAAGCAUUGAAAAAACGUAAUGUUAAUGGUUUAUGGAGUACAAUUGAUGGUCCAUUAACAUGGAAAUCUUUUCAUCAAUUAUUAUAUGUACAAAAUCAUCAUGCACAUCUUGAAGAACAAAUAAGUGGACCACAACCAAUACCAUAUAUACUUGCUGGUCUUGAUCGGGAAUGGAUUAUGUUAGCACCUUAUAGUGUUAAAUUUUGGGAUAAAUUAUGUCUUGAACCAUAUUCAAAACGAAAAGAUAUUGGUUAUAUAUGUGUUAUACCAGAUAAUGAUUAUAUAUGUUCAAUGACAAAAACAUAUUUUCGUGAAUUAUCAACACAUUAUGAAUUAUGUCGAUUAGGCAUACAUCGGCCUUUAUCAAAAGUAUUUUCUGAUCAAGGAAUUUUACGUAUAUUAUCACAAAAUAACGAUUCAUUGCAACCUCCAAAUAUUGAUCAAUGGUUUACAGAUCAUGAAACUACGCAUCCACUUGGCAGUCGAUUAAAACUUUAUGCUCAAAUACUUAAAGAAAAACUUUCUAAUAUUCUCUCUACACAAUUCUUCGAAAGCAUAUUAUUAGAAGAUAUUACAUCUCGUCGUGAUGCAUUUCGUAGCCCCAAUGAUUUAUCUUCAUCUUCAUUUGAUUUCCAUUCAACGGGAAAUGAUGUAACAAAUAAUGGCCAUUCAUUUUCACCAUCAUCGUCGACAUCAACUAAUCUUACUGCAAAUAAUAUUUAUACAACUGGAUCCGCAGCUACUGACGUUCUAAAUGCAUCCACAAC